AUGGCUCGUCUCAAGUUUGCUCUCGUUACUGGAUGCGGGCAAGGUGGAAUCGGAGAGGCACUCGUUAUGGAGUACAAGCGCCUUUCAUUCCAUGCCAUCGCAACCGUUCUCCCCCAUGAGUCAAGUCAUCAUUUAUCUCAGGCAGGCAUCACCUGCUUGCCUCUCGACGUAACAGUUGAUGAUUCCAUCUCGGAGCUCAAGUUCAAAGUCCAAGAAAUCACUGGCGGAUACCUCCAUAUCCUCGUGAACUGCGCAGGAAUUGCAUACACUAUGACCGCUAUUGACACAGACGUGUCUUCCGUCCAGCGCAUGUUCGAUGUCAAUGUCUUUGGUCCCAUGCGCAUGGUGCAUCAUUUCCAUGACAUGCUUAUCGAGGGAUCUGGCACCAUAGUCAACAUUGGCUCCAUUGGGGGGACUAUACCAUUUGUUUAUGGCUCAUCGUACAAUGCUUCUAAAGCUGCUUUGCAGCAUUGGUCCAACACCCUGAGGGUCGAAAUGGCUCCAUUCAGAAGGCUUCCAGAAGGGUCUUACUACUCCGCCCUUGCGAAGCAAUUUGAGCAGCAUGUCUUGCGAAAGCCGAGAAAUGCCACCGACCGUUUGGAAUUAGCCGAGAACGUCGUCAAAGAGAGCUUAAAGAACCGCCCGUCUGCUUGGUUCUGGUACGGGAGCUUCAGUACCUUGACCAGAUUUCUCGACACGUUUGCUUGGCGAACCAUAUGGGACUCAAUCCUUUGGAGAAUGUUUGACUUGAAAAAGCUGCAACGGACUCAUGAAGGUCGGCUUCGAGAAGAGAGAACAGGAUGA